AUGUACCCUUUAUGGAUGCUCCGUCCCAUUAUACGGAGAAAACGGAGCCACCUUGUUACCCUCUGUCCAGUGUCUAUUAUUAGAACCCUCCAACGCCAGAUCCAGCCCCAUCAUCCUGCACGACCAGUCCGCGUUCUCUCCUCCGGCCAGCUUCCUAUUCGGCCAACUGUGAUAGCUUCAUCCGCUGGAUCGCGGUGCCUGCCGUCGUUCUUGUCGCCUUUCCUGCCGCCUCCCACAGUGUGUGUCCCCCUCGUUUUUUGCGCCGUCGCCGCCGUCGCCGCAGCACCGCCGCCGCCGCCGCCUCUGCUUGUUUGCGCACCCACCCUCCUCGCCGUUGCAUGCCCGACUGCCCUGCCCUCGACGCCUUCCCAGUCUCUGGCCCGCGUCUGUCGCCGUUGCAAACCAACGCUCCUCGCUCCUGCGGCCAUCACAUCCCCGCCGACCUCGCCCCAGGUCCAGGGCUUCGCCGCCAGCCUUGCGACUGCCCAUAGGCCCACUCCUCACUCCUCCUCUGGCCGUUUGCUUCCCUCAUCCAAAUACAAACCCCCCCGCCUCAACCUCCCCUCGGCGUCUCUUUCCAUUCGUCACUACUGCGCCUGUGCUGCAUCCAGUCUGUCACCUACUGCAGGCGCCUCGUCGUGGCUUGACCUCGCUUGCAAUCGACAACCUCCGCGUCCAUCCGCCCCCUCCCGUUGCGACUCGGCCAACAACACACUUAAACUCGGCGCGUGCGCCCUCCUCUCGCCGGUUCCCUGCUCAUCACUUCUCUUCGCUGCUUCUCAUAGACAUCCGCUACCAUGGGUCGCAGAAAAAUCGAAAUCAGGGCCAUCAAAGAUGACCGCAACCGCUCAGUGUGGUCUCUUCAAGAAGGCUCACGAGCUCUCCGUUCUUUGCUCUGUCGACGUCGCCGUCUUCAUAUUUGGCAACAACAAGAAGCUCUACGAAUACUCUUCUGCCGACAUGCAUGAUCUCAUUACCCGCCACCAAUACCAUGGCGGUCCCAACGAGCACAAAGGCCCAACCGACUUUGCCGGCGCCGACGACGGAGACGAAGACGAGGACGGCGAUGCGACGCCCCCCAGAGGCCACGAAGAGGCCCAGAUGAUGCCUCCGCAAUAUCACCCUCAGCAUGGCCAUUUCCCGCCGCAAAUACGUCACCACACCGCUUCAGCUUCUCCACCUGUUCCCAACGGCGGACCUUUCCCCGGCCAUCACGCUCACCAUCUUCCUCCUCGCGGCCACUCGCCACACCCGCCCAUGGGACGCCCCGAUGCGAGAAACGACGGCCGUCGUGUAUCCUCUAGCAUGAUCCCUCCUCCAGCGCCUGGCCCCCAUCCCGGCAUCACAUAUAUGCCCGCACCUCCCAUUUAUAACGGUCCGACGGCUCCCUCGCAGCCUAUGAUGCACUCUCACGGAGCCCAGUAUUAUUCCGCGCAGCCGCAGCACCCCCAUCAACCACCGCCUCCUCAAGCCUAUGCUGACGAUCGUCGCCCACCUCAACCACACUCUCAGCAAUCGCACUCUCAGCAAUCGCAUUCUCAGCAAUCGCAUUCUCAGCAAUCGCACUCUCAGCAAUCGCACUCUCAGCAGCCACACUCUCAGCAACCACACCAUCAGCAAUCACACCCUCAGCAAUCACACUCUCAGCAGUCACACCCUCAGCAGCCUCACGCUCAGCAGCCUCAUCCCGGAUACACGCCUCAACCACCGCCUCAACAGACGCAAGCACCGUUCCCGCCUCAGCCAUCAUCCCAAGCCAUGUCUAUGCCUCCACGUCCGGAUAUCCAACAGCCAACAACCAUGCCGCAUCCUCCACCGCCAGAUCGUCGGCCCAUGGAAUCCCAGCCACCGCACUUGAGAGAGGUAGCCCUCGAAAUGGAUGCUCGUCAUCCACCGUCACUCAACACGGACUCUGCUAUCAAAAAGCUACCGCAAAGGAGAUCGCACAGUAUCUUUACGCCUGUAGAAGAGAACCGAUCCAUUCUGGGGCAACAUUCUAAACUGUUCAGUACAGAAGAGUCCACCAUUAAAGAAGAGCCUACCAGUCGUUCUCAGUCUGUUGACGCCGGGGCUCCUAUGCGGACGUCACCACCGCUGCCACGCUCGCACAGCUCCAUGGACAAGUCACGAAAUGUUUCCUUGCCCGACGUAACCUUUGCGCCGCCAUCACGGACCAACAGUGUGACGGGAGGCCCCUUGUCUGCCAGACCUCGCGGUCCCAAGCUCACCGUGCAGAUCCCCGAUGGGGGCUCCGAGCAAAGCGGAAGUGCCGUUACCGCAGAAUCUAGCUCACCGCGCAAUCCUGCAGAUACCCCAACGCACACGCAAAGGCGGCAUGGCUCCAUCGUAUUGCCGCCGCCCUCUCCAUCGACUUCCGCACUCUUGUCUGCCGGAGCCACGGGGCCGCCGAAUCCAUUUGCGAGACCGCCGCCGGUGAACCCUCAAGGAAUCGGCAAUGGUGUCCCCACCAAGAACGAUACACCACAAUCUGCACUUCCAUCGAGGUACCUCAACGGCGACUUCCUCCCCAGCCCGAGCAGCUUCUAUCCGGAAUGGAAUUACAAGGCUAGCGACAGCAACACCCUUCCCAGCCCGCUCAACUUUUCCACACCCGUCGUAGGCUCUGGACCCAGCUUCCUGACCCAGGAUCAGAGCCACACGGCCAUGUCAUCAGCAUCGACUGCAACCUCGUCGUCUAUGACUGCAAUAGCUAGCGCGCCUGAUAGUCUCAAGUCUCGAGAAGCGAUGAAACGAAAGAGUGAAGGCUCCGCGACCUCGAGCACGAGCAGCCACGGGCCGCCGACAGAGGCCAAACGAGUCAAGGUUGAAUAA